CUCCACGCCACGACCAUUGCCCGUUUCUUUCUUUCCAUUCCACCACCUCAACGUCCACGCUGCUCUCCACUCCCUCCUCGACCGUGAGACAAGCUGCGCACCGUCGAUACCACAUCCAGGAAGCUUCAGACCCUCACGAUGGCAGCUUUACGAUCCUCCAGCCGCCUCCUCGCCCCGACUCGAUCUGCCUUUCGCUCCUCCUUUGCCGCUCGUUCAUAUGCCACCGUAGUCGACACCUCGGCCAGUCGGCCUGCAACCCCUGCAUCGCAGUCGACACCCGUUGAAGAGCCUGCUGCCACCAAGGACGCAAAGAUCAAGACCUUCCAAAUCUACCGAUGGAACCCCGAUGAGCCAACCUCAAAGCCCAAGAUGCAGUCAUACACUUUGGAUUUGAACAAGACUGGUCCUAUGAUGUUGGACGCUUUAAUUCGUAUCAAGAACGAGGUUGACCCUACCUUGACCUUCCGACGAAGCUGCAGAGAGGGUAUUUGCGGGAGCUGCGCCAUGAAUAUUGAUGGUGUCAACACCCUGGCAUGCCUUUGCCGUAUUCCCACAGACACAUCCAAGGAGUCGAGAAUCUAUCCUCUUCCUCAUACCUACGUCGUUAAAGAUCUCGUACCCGACAUGACCCAAUUUUACAAGCAGUACAAGUCCAUCAAGCCCUUUUUACAGCGAGACAGCAAGUCUCCAGACGGCAAGGAAUUCCGUCAGUCACCAACUGAACGAAAGAAGCUCGACGGCCUUUACGAAUGUAUCCUGUGCGCGUGCUGCUCAACAUCCUGCCCAUCCUACUGGUGGAACAGCGACCAAUAUCUCGGCCCUGCCAUUCUCCUCCAGUCAUACCGAUGGCUCGCAGAUUCACGUGACGAGCGCACUGCCGAGCGAAAGGAAGCCUUGGACAACAGCAUGAGUCUUUACCGAUGCCACACCAUUCUGAACUGCUCGAGAACGUGCCCCAAGGGUCUGAACCCUGCCAAGGCCAUUGCAGAGAUCAAGAAGAUGAUGGCUGUUUGAACCCAGCGACGAGUCUAUGUGUGAUAUUGUUUACACUACCCGUUCCUCCUACUUUGCAUCUGGGAACUUCAGCCAUGUAUAUAUAAACACUCUGCUGCUAUCUGCUGCUAUCCACAAUGACCAUGAGCCAUGAUGGAAGUCUGUGUUGCGUUGCGGUGGGAUCCAGCGUUGGUGCAGGAUACAAAUAGUUUUUAUUCUCUGGUAGUAUAGUGUCGCUGAAACAACACCGACAGUGCGAUACUCGAUCCAGUCCCACAACCAAAUUGCUAUAAUCAUAUAUCGUACCGGCAAAUCAUUGCUACAGUACAUUUAGAAUAGUA